GGCGCGGCGUGCACGCCCGGCCGAGGACCCGCCGCGGCACAGCAAGCCCCGCGUGCCCGCCGCCCCGCCCCCUUUCCCCACGCCCCCGCAAGCCCCGGCUGCUCCCGCCCCCCAGCCCGUGCCGCAGGGAGGAGCUGCGGGCUCCCGGCGCGCCGGUCCGAGCGCGCCGCCGGCGCCAUGCCCCGCAUAGAUGCCGACCUCAAGCUAGACUUCAAGGAUGUCCUGCUCCGACCCAAGCGAAGCAGCCUCAAGAGCCGAGCCGAGGUGGAUCUUGAGCGAACCUUCACAUUUCGGAACUCGAAGCAGACCUACUCGGGGAUUCCCAUCAUUGUGGCCAACAUGGACACCGUGGGGACGUUUGAGAUGGCAGUGGUGAUGUCACAGCACUCCAUGCUUACAGCAAUUCACAAGCAUUACACCCUGGAUGACUGGAAGCUCUUUGUCGCUAAUCACCCAGAAUGCCUGCAGCAUAUAGCCGUGAGUUCGGGCAGUGGGAAGAAUGAUCUGGAAAAGAUGAGCAGCAUCCUGGAAGCUGUGCCGCAGGUUAAGUUUAUUUGCCUGGAUGUGGCCAAUGGAUACUCAGAACAUUUUGUGGAAUUCGUGAAGCUCGUCCGGGCCAGAUUUCCAGAACACACCAUUAUGGCAGGGAACGUGGUGACGGGAGAGAUGGUGGAAGAGCUUAUUCUUUCAGGAGCAGAUAUAAUCAAAGUGGGCAUUGGACCAGGUUCCGUGUGCACCACUCGCACCAAGACGGGAGUGGGCUACCCCCAGCUGAGUGCUGUGAUCGAGUGUGCAGACUCGGCCCACGGCCUGAAGGGGCACAUCAUCUCGGACGGAGGCUGCACAUGUCCAGGAGAUGUCGCCAAAGCCUUUGGAGCCGGAGCAGAUUUUGUCAUGCUGGGAGGGAUGUUUUCGGGCCAUACUGAGUGUGCUGGAGAGGUGAUCGAGAGGAAUGGACAGAAGCUCAAGCUGUUCUAUGGGAUGAGCUCGGAGACAGCGAUGAAGAAACAUGCGGGAGGGGUUGCAGAGUACAGAGCCUCUGAGGGCAAGACCGUGGAAGUGCCUUACAAAGGGGAUGUCGAGAACACUAUUCUGGACAUUCUCGGGGGACUGAGAUCUACCUGCACCUAUGUAGGGGCUGCCAAACUCAAAGAGCUCAGCAGGAGGGCGACGUUCAUCCGGGUGACCCAGCAGCACAACACCGUGUUCAGCUAACCUCGAGAUCAAGGACGAGACGACCUCCAGCUGCCGGAAGCGUCCGCACAUGCCUGCUUUCCCAUCCCCCUCCUCCUGUGACGGCAGAGUUUCUGGCUGAUCCCAGAAGCAAGGCACUUCCUGGGUCAGCGCUUGGAGCUUAGCUGCCCAGAACGUGUAACCUCCUUGUUAAAAGUAACACUCACGCCUUUUUCUUUUCUUUUCUUUUUUUUAAGAAAAUGGUUUCACUUUAAUAUAAUGCUAUGAAGACUU